AUGCCACUCGACGACAUCCGCCAAAAGAUCGACCAACUCGACACCCAGCUCCUCGACCUCCUCAACGCCCGGGCGGAUCUCGUGCAUGAAGUCGGCGUCAUCAAAAAAAAGGAAGGCCUACAAAUCUACGCCCCCGAUCGCGAAGCCGCCCUCCUCCAAUCCCUCAUCGAAAAAAACAAAGGCCGACUCCCCGAAAAAUCCGUCCAAGCCAUCUACCGCGAAAUCAUGUCCGCCGCCCUCGCCCUCGAGGAAGACCUCAAAAUCGCCUACCUCGGACCAGAAGGCACCUGGACCCACCAAGCCGCCAUCCAGAAAUUCGGCAACUCCAUCCACUACUCCCCCCACUCGAAUUUCGCCGAAGUCUUCGAUAGCGUCACCCGCCGUCAUGCCGACUACGGAGUCGUCCCCAUUGAGAACUCCACCGAAGGCGCUGUCUCUCACACCCUCGAUCUCUUUGUCGAUUCCCCCCUUCAUAUCUGCGCCCAAAUUUUAAUGCGAAUCGAAAACGGCCUCAUGGCCGACAUCCCUCGCGAAAAAAUUAAAACCCUCUACUCCCACCCACAAGUCUUUGGCCAAUGUCGGAACUGGCUCAACAAGAAUUUCCCCGAGGCCGACCUCGUCGAAGUCUCCUCAACCACCAAAGCCGCCCAACUCGCCAAAGAAAACGCCGCCCAAGGAGCCGCCGCCAUGGGAGGUUCGCUCGCUGCUGAGAUCCAUGGCCUCACCAUGCUCGAAGAAGCCAUCCAAGAUCGCGCCACCAACACCACCCGCUUCCUCGUCAUCGGGGAAAAAACCUGCCCACCCACAGGCAAUGACCGCACCUCAAUCCUUUUCGCCAUCAGCGACCAGCCCGGCUCGCUCGUCAACGCCCUGCGCUCCUUCGACUCCUUCGCCAUCAACAUGUCGAAGAUCGAAUCCCGUCCCUCCAAGCAAAAAGAUUGGGAAUACAUCUUCUACGUUGACCUUGCUGGACACAUCGAAAACUCCGAUGUCAAACAGGCCCUCACCCAACUCAAAACCCAUUGCUCGCUCGUCAAAAUCCUCGGCUCAUACCCCGAUCUCAUCGAGAUUUAA